CAGCGUCAAGAGCUUGGCCAUGGUGCUGCCAUUUGGAGUGCGCAGUGCUCUGAAGAUGGUGCCUGAUUACCUCAGAAAUUUUCCAAAUCUCGAGACCCUCCAUGUCCAGUCCGAUAAAGCUGAAGAUUCCACUGGCAAGGUCAAUCUCAAGUUCUUGCAGGAGGGUGAACCCAUUAAAUGUGUCGUGCAGACGAUGAAGAAGGUGUUUUUCUAUGAGUUCCAAGGGUCGAAAAGUGAGGUUGCAUUCCUCAAGUUCAUCGCGGAGAGAGCUCGGGUGCUGGAGAAGAUGGUGGUUGUGGUGGCCAGUGAAUGUUUCUCUUCGGGUGCUAAUGUGAAUGUCAAACUGAAGCCCCUGAUAAGUGCAAAAUGGAUUAGCCAAGCUUGUAAACUUCAGCUCUUCAAGAGCCCACGCACUGGAGGGGGAGAUCCAAUGUUCUGCCCCCAACUAGCAUCUGACUUUUCGUUUGCUGACCCUUUCGACCUCGUCUACUAUCAAGAAUCUCUGUAAGUGUUGAAGUUAACUAGUGGCACUGUGCCUAGCUUGUAGAAGACUACUGGUACCUAGACUUUUGUCGGACUUGCAGCAACUAAAUACUUGUGUUUCAUGGGAUUUCUCUAGCACGCUGUGGCGGACGCUGUGGCACGCUUUCAGCGAUUUCUAUUAUGCACAGUUUGUACUAAUUAAGUAUUAUGUGGAUGUAUGCUGCUGGCAGUAACAGAAUUAGAUAAUUUUU